GAAACCCACAAGUGUAUCUUGUGAGAAGCAAGAACUCCUCUGUGAGAAGCAGAACUCCUCUUUUGCAAAUAGCUUGUUAAGUUGAUACACCCGUGGAUUGUUUCAAAAUACUGGAGAGCUUUGGGAAAUUCAGAAUCCGAAGCCACGUCUGAAGUUAUUAAUGGAGAAAUUUGAGAGAUGUAACAGAGACACAGAGGAUCCUUCAACCAGCCAACCCACCAAAAUCUCAAGACAAGAUAUCCCCAAAGGAUUACAGACAAGGAAAACAGCACUUGAGAAAUAUAUAAAUAAAGGAUAUACUGCGUUUUCUUCAGGACCCAGUACCCUUCACAAACCUGCUCAGCCUAAGCCUCCUCUGGCAGUCAAGCCUUCAAGUGGUGAUAAAACAGAGAAAGAUCCAAACUCACAACAUUUGAACCCAGUGGCACAAAAGUUCGGUGUUCAGCUUCAGCCCAUUAACAGAGGAAAUGAUGAAAAAGCUGGAUGCACUAAAUUCUCUAUCAAAACUUGUGACCCAUCAAAAGAGGACCCAAAGCCUUUGAACCCAAAACCUGCAUGGAACAAGUUCCUUGGUCCUCCUGAUAAAGAAAAAAAUCCCAUGGGACCAAAACCUAAUUUAAAUUUUGCAUCACAGGAGAAUGAGACAAAACCAGAAUUUUUAAAAGUAGCUGCAGUAAAGGAAAAAUUAAGGUCUGCAACACAAGAAAAUGAGCCCAAGCCUACUGUUUCUAAACCACCUCUUGCACAGAAACCUUCUCUAAACAAUGAGGUAUCGCAAAAUGAAGACACUUCUAAUAAAAGUGGUUUUCUGCAGAGACAAUAUGGACCUAGAACAAAUAUACAUGUACACCAAGAAGCAAAGGAAAUGGGUGAAAAUAGCAACUCUGCUGCAGAAACUCCAGGCAGUAAUUUUCCUAAAAUAGCUCUUAAGCCUACUGGCCACAGGUCCAGCUUAAUAAAAGGAACCCCCAAACCUGUAGCAGAAAACACUGAAGAAAAGGGAAGGAGUGCUGCCAAGAACAUCUUCCUCAACAAAAUCACCCAGGAAGAACCAGGUUCUUCUCAUAAAUUCCAUAAGAUGACUAUGGCACUUGCUGCAGAAAGACCAUCAGGUGAGGAUGAGGACAGGAGUACUAAAAGGCCCAAGCGGAUUGUCUUGCCCCCAGUGUUCACACUGGGCCAGCCACCACAAAAGCCCAGCAGACCCCCCACUGUACACCUGGGAAAGUUCCAGAAGAGCCAGAAAACCAAUCCUAAAAAUGAAGAUUUGAAACAGAAAACACCUUCCUCAGCAGCACUUGCCCCACCAGUACCUCCAUCACACACUGCUGUGCCACCUCCUCCACCAGCCUUUCACCCAUCCCUGCAGGUGCCAGCAGCUCCCAGUCUGCCUCCCAGAAACAGCAAGCCCAGCUCCGAAACAAUAAACCUAGAAAACGAAGAAAGUUAUGAUGAUGUUGAAUUUGUUUCACAGGGUCAUGGAAAUACACAGAGGGGUCAAGAAAGUGAUGGAGAGAUGUAUGAAGAUAUUAAUGAUAUCAGAUCAUCAAGGGGAAAAGAGAAGAAGCAGGACAAAGAAGAUAAGCGAAGAAUGGAUCAAGAGAAGAAAGAACAAAAGGAAAAAGAAAAGAAAGAGCAUGAACUGAGGAAAAAGUUCAAAUUAACAGGACCCAUUGAAGUCCUUCAUCAGGCACGAGCUUGUGUUGACCACAAGGGAGGGAGGAAUGAACUGACUGUCAAACAGGGGGAUAAGAUUGAAAUCAUUCGCCUCACAGAUAACCCAGAAGGAAAGUGGCUGGGCAGGAUAAAAGGAUUCUAUGGAUACAUUAAAACAACCAUGGUGGAGAUUGAUUAUGAUUCUUUAAAAAGAAAGCAAAAACCAUCUACCAGAGCUGCUGUGAAACAUGCAGAGAGUGACCAAGAAAUGUAUGAUGAUGUUGGAGAGCAGGACAGUACUGGCAGUCAAAGUGGUGACCAAGGUGGAGGUGGAAACAUGUUCCCACCUCCUCCUUCUGAUCAAGACAUUUAUGAUGGAAUUGAUGAUGAAGAUGCUAUAGCUAGGUCUAUAUCGCAGGAUGAAGAUAAGAAUGGUAUCUGGCCCUGGGGAAUCUUGAAGAGACUAAAGGUCAAAGAUGACAAAAAGAAAAGUGUACGAGAAAAAACAGCCAAAGUCAAUGAGGCAGAAGAAAAUGAAAAUUUGUUCAUGCCUUCUUCAACAAAGCAGUCUGGAAAAGAUUAUGGAGACAAUGUUUAUGAUGACGUAGAUUCUUCAGACUUCCCUUCUCUUCCAACUGCUCCCAGUUCAUCAAAAUCAGGAAGCUUUGGAAAACCUAAGUCAGAUGAAAAAGGUGCACAAAAGCUCAAGAAGAUGGAAAAAGAAGAGAAAGAGUUCAGAAAAAAGUUCAAAUUUGAUGGUGAAAUAAAAGUUCUUUACUCCACAACCACAAUCCAGGAUUUAUCACAGAAAAGAUGGGGAUAUAAAGACUUACAAAUUAAACCAGGGGAAUCUCUUGACAUUAUUGAAAGUACAGAUGAUACCAAGGUCCUCUGCAGGAACAAAGAAGGAAAAUAUGGCUACGUUCUGAGAAGCAAUUUAGUUCAGAAUGAUGGAGAGAUUUAUGAUGAUAUUGGUGAUGAUUGCAUCUACGAUAACGAUUCUGGUGCUGAAUGCUCUUGAAAUAACAACUUCAUUGAAGAUCAAACUCUAGUUUGGACUCCCACUUGUGAAAACAAGAAGAGUCACGAAUGCUGAUUGCAAGUUAAUUGGUGUCUCUUUGAAAUGUACAAUUAACCUUUUUUGGGAUUUCAGCCUUUUGUCCUCCAAUGCUUUGCACAAAUUUGUAUUCCAAUUUAUCUGAGCAUUUAAAAUUGAAGGAAUAUAAGCAAAAGUUAGUUAAUUUUUCACUUCCUUUCCACAUUUCUGACAGUCCAUGUAGAAACACGUCUUUAAGUAUCUAUUCCCAAAGAGGCCAGUUCACAUCUAUUGAAGGGCCUAGAGAACAACAAUCUCUGGCAACAGGUUUUCUUUGGCUUUCACCUAUUAAGCACCAAAGACAGCCACUCUGGGUAGGAUAGUAUCCUGAAAAAAGAAAUUAUGAUAACAUUAUGUUAUAAAAGAAGAAAUCAAAAGUGGCCAUCAGAGAAGACCAUACAUCACUGACCUGCCAUUCCAACUGCAAUAGUGUUAGCUACACUGACAUGUAGCUACAUCCAGCCAUGUUCCAUUAUUGCUACAGUCUAUUUUUCUGUGUUGUACUAAUGAUAGACUAUAAUUCUCUAAGACUUAUCUGAAGUCUAGUAUAGAGUAUAAUGUUCUACUUUAUACUGUAGUGUUGCUCAAAAUAUACUCAGAACUUUUAGGUUAAGAUUUAAUUUCCGUUUAGUUUGAAGAUAAAUUUUCACUAUAGUAAUAUAUGUAUUAUAAGCUAUAAACUGAUAAUAAAAUGUUUGGAAAUUCUUCUAGACGAAAUAGAUAGGUAUAGUUAUCAUGCUAUUUUGAUAAUGCCCUUUUCUUCGAAGUAUUGUAGUUUACUACUAGAUUUGGCUAAAGAAAGGGUACAGAAAUCAAAUAUUUCCAUGCUUAUUCAUUGUAGAAAUAACAU